AAUGAAACAAGGAGAAUAUGAGGGGAACUUUCUGUAAAGCAAAAAAAAAGUAUUUUUCACACAUUUUUCAUAUAUACUCAUAAUGCCAUGUAAGUAAUCAUGUUUAUCUUUUUUCUCUCAUUUUGAUCACAGAAGGUUUAUGUCUUUUUGAAAAUAAAUGUUGAAAUGAAGUUUAGAUUGAUGUUGCUCCUUCAACUUCUUUCUGUCUUGCAUUAUUUUGAAACUGUACCUGCUUUAAUACAGAAUUUGCACAAAUAUAUUCUUGAUUUUACUGAACAUUUUGUCUUUUUUACUGUGUAGCAUGCUGUUAUGUUCAUCACACUCCCCAGCACCUGGAGUCAGCAGCCCAUGUUCAACUCAAUAUGUAAAUUGGGACAUUUUACAGUCGGUUACUUUCUGAGUCUAUUAUUACCAGACUUGAGAACUAAAACCUUCGCCAAAGUCCUGAGAAGUCAUGUGAUAAUGUAUGUAAAGUGAUAUGAGAUAUUUAAAUGUGUGCUCUGUUUCUCUUACUGGCCUAACCACACCUCACACCUGGUGUCUGUGACGCUCCGUUGCUCAUUGCAUCGUUUCACUUCUGUAUUUUGGUACUUUUUUGAGACCUGGGUGUUACUCAAUGCUUCCGCUUGCUGCUGGUCCUGAUCACUCUGCCCUAUCAUGCUCAGCAUCUGUGCAACAAACUUUUAAACCACAUCUCCACCUGACUGCAGCUCUGCAACACAAACAAAUAGACAACUCUGCCACCUAGCCUAAAUACAAACACACUGCACUUAGACAUGAGACUAAAUGGUUGAUUACUUACCAGAUUCUGAAGCUCCACGGAUUGUCCCACCAAAAAUCACACUGCAGCCUGUUUGGGAAGGUGAAGUUGGGAACUCACAAGUCCGACUCAUCUGCACCUUAAGUGACUUCUUUCCAGACAAAGUGAGUGUGGAGUGGCAAAGGGACAGUCAACGUAUCAACAUUACACCUGUCUCAAAGAAGCUGCAGAGUGUGGAGGCAGGCGAGAAAACCUACACUUUGACCAGCGAGAUUGAGCCAAAUACGAAAGAAUGGGAGAAAGGCUCUAGUUUCACAUGCAAGUCCACGCACAAAGAACAGGAAUUCAGCAAAACAUUCAGUAUCUGUCAAACUCAUUCAAGCAUCCCUCCAUCCAUCCAUGUGGAGACUCCCAGCUUCAAGACUGUAAUUUCAACAUCUGAGGUGACAGCAACAUGUUUGGUUCACACUGUUUUUGAUGCCAAGAUCACCUGGAUGUUGGAUGGAAGAGCCUCAAGUAGCAACACAGUGAGCAAGGACAGAAACACAACUCAUAUCACCAGUAAUGUGAGGGUUUCCUCCAAUCAGUGGAAGCAACUGAGGCAUGUGACCUGCAAAGCAGAACAUAAGUGCUUCUCUCCCACUGAGAAGACAGUAAAUGUUGCAGGACCUGAAGUUGCAACUCCAUCUGUGGAGAUCAGGAGAUCUCUUCCAGAUUUGUUGAAGGGAGACGGUGCUGUUCUCCAGUGUGACAUCACAAAUCUCUCCUCACGUGACCUCUACGUCACCUUUCAGGCCAAUGAUGUCGACAUCUCUGACAAACAAUAUGUAGAACUUCCUGAAGGCCCAGGCCUCCAGUCAGUCAGCAGACGCUUCACUGUCCCUCAGAGUCACCAGAGGAAAGACAAAAGUUUCACCUGCAAAGUCAAUCAAGGCUUCAUCAGAAGCUUUAAGUCUGAUUCCACUGGCAAUAUUUUUGUGGACCCAUCAGUGGAACUUCUUCUGGCUCCCAGUGAAGAUUCAGGACCUCAGACACUCUUGUGCUCUGGAUGGGGCUUCAACCCUCAAAUUAAAUGGGUUUCUGAAUCACAGCAAAGAUCUCCAUCAACUCAUGAUAUCAGCAUGUCUGCAGAUGGACGUGUGGCAGUAACCAGUCAACUCCACAUCCCUCAGGCAGAGUGGACAUCAGGGAAGGUCUUCACUUGUGAAGUGUCUGACAGGUCUCUGAACAAAAAAGUCCAAAAGGAAAUCAACUUCUGCUCAGCUCAUUCAAGCGUCCCUCCAUCCAUCCAUGUGGAGACUCCCAGCUUCAAGACUGUAAUUUCAACAUCUGAGGUGACAACAACAUGUUUGGUUCACACUGUUUUUGAUGCCAAGGUCACCUGGAUGUUGGAUGGAAGAGCCUCAAGUAGCAACACAAUGAGCAAGGACAGAAACACAACUCAUGUCACCAGUAAUGUGAGGGUUUCCUCCAAUCAGUGGAAGCAACUGAGGCAUGUGACCUGCAAAGCAGAACAUAAGUGCUUCUCUCCCACUGAGAAGACAGUAAAUGUUGCAGGACCUGAAGUUGCAACUCCAUCUGUGGAGAUCAGGAGAUCUCUUCCAGAUUUGUUGAAGGGAGACGGUGCUGUUCUCCAGUGUGACAUCACAAAUCUCUCCUCACGUGACCUCUACGUCACCUUUCAGGCCAAUGAUGUCGACAUCUCUGACAAACAAUAUGUAGAACUUCCUGAAGGCCCAGGCCUCCAGUCAGUCAGCAGACGCUUCACUGUCCCUCAGAAUCACCAGAAGAAAGACAAAAGUUUCACCUGCAAAGUCAAUCAAGGCUUCGUCAGAAGCUUUAAGUCUGAUUCCACUGGCAAUAUUUUUGUGGACCCAUCAGUGGAACUUCUUCUGGCUCCCAGUGAAGAUUCAGAACCUCAGACACUCUUGUGCUCUGGAUGGGGCUUCAACCCUCAAAUUAAAUGGGUUUCUGAAUCACGGCAAAGAUCUCCAUCAACUCAUGAUAUCAGCAUGUCUGCAGAUGGACGUGUGGCAGUAACCAGUCAACUCCACAUCCCUCAGGCAGAGUGGACAUCAGGGAAGGUCUUCACUUGUGAAGUGUCUGACAGGUCUCACAACAAAAAAGUCCAAAAGGAAAUCAACUUCUGCUCAGCUCAUUCAAGCGUCCCUCCAUCCAUCCAUGUGGAGACUCCCAGCUUCAAGACUGUAAUUUCAACAUCUGAGGUGACAGCAACAUGUUUGGUUCAGACUGUUUUUGAUGCCAAGGUCACCUGGAUGUUGGAUGGAAGAGCCUCAAGUAGCAACACAGUGAGCAAGGACAGAAACACAACUCAUGUCACCAGUAAUGUGAGGGUUUCCUCCAAUCAGUGGAAGCAACUGAGGCAUGUGACCUGCAAAGCAGAACAUAAGUGCUUCUCUCCCACUGAGAAGACAGUAAAUGUUGCAGGACCUGAAGUUGCAUCUCCAUCUGUGGAGAUCAGGAGAUCUCUUCCAGAUUUGUUGAAGGGAGACGGUGCUGUUCUCCAGUGUGACAUCACAAAUCUCUCCUCACGUGACCUCUACGUCACCUUUCAGGCCAAUGAUGUCGACAUCUCUGACAAACAAUAUGUAGAACUUCCUGAAGGCCCAGGCCUCCAGUCAGUCAGCAGACGCUUCACUGUCCCUCAGAGUCACCAGAGGAAAGACAAAAGUUUCACCUGCAAAGUCAAUCAAGGCUUCGUCAGAAGCUUUAAGUCUGAUUCCACUGGCAAUAUUUUUGUGGACCCAUCAGUGGAACUUCUUCUGGCUCCCAGUGAAGAUUCAGGACCUCAGACACUCUUGUGCUCUGGAUGGGGCUUCAACCCUCAAAUUAAAUGGGUUUCUGAAUCACGGCAAAGAUCUCCAUCAACUCAUGAUAUCAGCAUGUCUGCAGAUGGACGUGUGGCAGUAACCAGUCAACUCCACAUCCCUCAGGCAGAGUGGACAUCAGGGAAGGUCUUCACUUGUGAAGUGUCUGACAGGUCUCUGAACAAAAAAGUCCAAAAGGAAAUCAACUUCUGCUCAGUAACACCAGCAUCCUCUCAGAUAGUUGGCGUCUAUGUUCAGGGACCAACACUACAGCAGCUUCUAAACAAGGCACAGGUGACUGUUACCUGUCUCCUGGUCGGCUCUCGUCUUAAUGAUUUCUCUGUCACCUGGAAAGUAGGUGGUAAUAAAAACUUCCCCCAUAAAGUCCAUACGGAGUCACCGGUGAGUCACAGCAAUGGAACAGAGACUUUGCAGAGCUUCCUCAACGUGUCAGCAGAGGACUGGCAUGCAUAUAAACAAGUUUCUUGUGAAGGAAAGCAUCAAUGUGCCAACCAGGGCUAUGAAGACCAUAUCAGCAAAAGCAGAGACAUGUUUCCGCCAACGGUGAAAAUAGUGCAACCAACUGCAUCUGAGCUGUCCAUGUCUGACGUCCUCACACUGGUUUGCCUGGUUUCUGGAUUUUUCCCAUCUAACAUCAUAGUGUAUUGGGUGGAGGAUGGUCAGAAACUCCCGUCGUCUCGUUACAUCAACAGUCCUGCCUGGAAACACACAGAGAGCAACUCUUAUUCAGUGAGCAGCCGACUGAAUGUACCCAGAAGUGUGGACAAAAGGUCGACGUAUUCUUGUGUUGUCAGACAUGAGUCAUCUGAAUCAGCGUUUGAAAGCACUAUAGAUGAUGUGUUUGCCUCAGUGACCUACAGCGAACCUUCAGCCUUUUUGCUCCAGGGCUCCAAUGAACUCGUGUGCCUGGUCUCUGGCUUCAGCCCAGCGUCCAUUAACAUCACCUGGUUACGUGAUAAUAACACAGAGCUGUGGAACUAUGACACCAGCGAGCCCCACAGAGGCCCAGAUGGAAAGUUCAGCGUCCAAAGCCACCUUCGUCUGUCCCAAGUCGACUCCUUACCUGGAGUGGUUCUCACCUGCAGGGUGACACAUGGAAACACCAGCCUGUCCCUGAAUAUAUCCAAACCAGACACAUUGGAACACUGUGAUUUCUUAGAUGACGUCCUGCGUGGUGAUAUAUACGACGGUACUGUUGUGGAAAGCUGGUAUAUGGCUUUUAUUUUCAGUCUUUUAUUCCUCCUCUCCGUCAUCUAUGGUGUCAUAGCAACCAUAAUUAAGACUAAAUGAUGAUGACCACAGGAAAGAGCCCAAUUUACAAACCAAAUAUCGACUUUUAAGGAUUUUUGAAAGUAUAAUGACUUGCAUUAUAAUGUUUUAUGUAAUAGGUUUAUAAUAACCAUUUAUUUUUGGGGUUUAAGUUCCAUAUUUAGUGUGCAUGUAAGAGGAAAUGUAACAAAAAUAAAUUUAAAAAAACAGUAAAUAUAAGAAAUAUAACUGGAAUUCCAUGUAAUGACUGAAUUUUGUCUCACUUCACUGAUUCUUGCUGUAAAAACAUACAUAAAAAUAAAAAUAUGGUAAAC